AUGUUAACUGCAUCACCUCACAUGAAAUCGGAUAAACCAUAUUAAUAGAGUCCUUAAUAUAAGAAACCUCAUCCUUAUAAUCCUGAGGCCAGCAUUUCUCUUAAAAACUCUAUUAACUUGAAAGAUUUUUAAUUUAACGAAGAAUUGGAAUACUACAAGACUCGUUCAGCUGAUCUUGAAUAAUAUGCCAGACAACUGAAAAAUGAAUUGGAUACUACCAUCAUUAGAAUGAGCAAAUAGGGCGCUUUGGAUGAGAAGGCGGAGUUAAUGAUACACUAGAAUUAAAUCCUGAGUUCAGACAUAGAUAAAUUACAAAAGAACUUUGCCUAAAAGAAGACUGAAUGUGAAUUAUGGAAAUCCAAAUAUGAGUAAUAGCUCAACAGUGCUGUUUAAUUGAAGGCUCAAUAUGAAUUGGAUUUACGCAAGCUUAGUAACGAACUAAAGAUGUUGGAGGAAAGAAACGCCAUACUUGAGAAGGAGAGAUCGCAUGAAGUUGAAGCCACUAAAACCAAUUUCUCAAUUUAAAAUGAAUAAUAAAGACAUAGUUAUCUCACUUAAAUUGAUGUGCUUGAAAAUCAAUUAAGAAAACUGAGAGAGUACGCUGAAAUAAGAGACAAGGAGAUCUAUGAGUUAGAGAAUAAAUUGACUAAGGUUUUGUAAGAUAGAGAAUAUGUGGAGACUAAAUUGCUUAAGGAUAACGACAUAUAUAGAACCAGAUUAUAAGAAUAAGAGAGAGACAAUCAAAUUGAAAUGAAUAAUCUUAGACAAAAGUUGGAUAUACUCAAUUAAGGAUAAUUGGACAAUAUUAAGAAUCAAUACAUGGCUCAGGCCGAAAUUUUAGAUGAUGAAAUUGAAAAAUUGAAAGGGCUUUUAGGAAUAAAGAAUGAAGAAAUUAAGACAUUAAUAGAUUAGAAUGAAAGAUUGAGAGCUAAUUAUGAAAGAGAAAUUGAAACUAUUACCCUUCAAUUCCAUGUUUUGAAGGAAAAGAUGUUUGAAAAUGAGUAAAGAUUCUAAGAGGAAUCUUAACAAAUGGAAAAUAACUUAAGAAGCUAGCAUGAAAUAGGUGUUGAGACCUUGUAAUCACAUCAUUAGAAUUCCAAUCAAAUUCUUGAAAAUUAAAUUGCCCAUCUAAAAGGAUAGGUUUUAGAAUAAAGCAAACAAUUAGAGGAGUUGUAAAAAAUAAGAUAAUAAUUACACUAAGCCAAUCUAUAGGAUCAAGAAAAUGCAUAAAAUAUCAUCAACAAUUUGAAGAAAGAAAUUUAAGAUUAAUAAAGUAGAUAUCAAGAUUAGAUUUUAAAAAACUAUCAAGAUUAUGAUUUAUAGAAGAAAGAAUUAUUGAAUUAUAAUCAAUAGCAAUUAGAAUUUAAUCAAUAGUUAUAACAAUAGAUUUAAAAUUUAAAUUAGAUAAUUGAAUUAAAGGAGUAAUAAUAUGAAACCACACUUGUGUAAUUCAAGAAUAUGAAUGAUCAAUUGAUUAAUAAACUAAAUGAUUUGUACAGAGACAAUGAGCAAAACAAAGCCAAAUUCAAUGUUACAGUAGCCGAGUAGGAAGAUUAAUUAAACAAAUAAUUAAAAUUAAUUAAGCAACAAGAACAUAAAAUAUAAUAAUUAUCAUCAACAUCAUAAAGAGACAAAUAAAAUGCUGAGAGAUAAAUAACUAAUUUAUAGAAUUAGAAUAGAUAAAAAGAACAACAAUUGGCUGAAUUAAAAGCAUAAUUAAAAGCUGCUGAAGAAAAUUUAGAUAAAAUUGAUAAUGAACUAUAAGAAACUAAAAAUACACUCUAGAGUUAAAUUGAAGAAUAAAAAUAUAAUUAUGAAUAAGAAAUAGAGUCAAUCUAAUCUCAAUAAAAUGAAGAUUUACUGAGUACUAAGAAAUUGUAUGAAGAGAAGGAGACCUCAUUAAAUUAGGAGCUCAUUCAGUUGAAGGGAAAUUUAUAAACUUAGUAAACACUAAACAUAGAAUUAAACUAAAAAUUAGAUGAAUAUGGCUAAUAAAUUCAAAACGCCGUUAACAAUUCUGAUGUUAUUAAAUAAUACGAAAUUUUAUCAGAGAUCAAUUUAAUAAACAGAUUAAGAAACUGA